GUUUGUCAUGCCUUUAUAAGCCUCCAAUGCCUCCUGGAAUUUAUCCUUCCUUUUGUUUUUGGUGAAUCAACAUGGCAGUAAUGGCAAAGGUUGUUGCUUUGGUUCUCAUUGCUAGUUUCAGUAAUGUAAUUUGUUUUCCAAAGAGGGAAGCUGCCCAUGAGGUUGAUGUUUCAACAACACCGUCUCCCAACAAUAAGACCCAAACUGAAGCUGUGGGUGGUGCAAGUGAAGAUGUUGAAGCAGGCACUCCAGCACCAAUUCCCCACAAUCAGACUGCUACUGCACAGCCUGAUGUGACGGAUGGGCCAAGUGAAGAUGACGUAACUGCGACCUCAAGUUCCCAAAACCAGACAACAGCUGCUGCCCAAACUGAAAAUGCUGAAACCGAUGGGCCAAGUGAAGAUGCAUCGGCAGAAAUGACCGUUACCACAAGUCCCCAAAACCAGACAACAUCUGCUGCCCAAACUGAAAAUGCUGAAACCGAUGGGCCAAGUGAAGAUGCAUCGGCAGAAAUGACCGUUACCACAAGUCCCCAAAACCAGACAACAUCUGCUGCCCAAACUGAAAAUGCUGAAACUGAUGGGCCAAGUGAAGAUGAUGUAUCCGUAACUGCAACCCCAUGUCCCCAAAACCAGACCACGUCAUGUGCCACAGGUGGAGUAACUGAGUCACCAGAUGAACCAAGUGACGAUGCUGAGGUUGCCACCACAACCCAAAAUGCCCAAAACCAGACCACAUUAGCCCACACUGUAGGAACUGAAGGUCCAAGUGAGGAUGCUGUGUUAACCACUGUACUGAAUCUGCAAAAUGGGACUACCCCUGCCCAAGAUGUAACCCCCAUUACUGACUCCCACGAUGACUCCUGAAGUGACUCUCAGAAUGCUAAUGCUUAAUGGAAUUCUUUUGUCAUCUUGACUUUCUCCAUCUUGAAUUCAAUAAAGACCAGAUUUUCCUCCCAA